AUGAUCGGACCCAUUUUCUAUGCCCAACACAAGCUUAGUGGCAUAACCAACGAUCUGAAGAAGGUCUCAUGUCCAAUACAAACACAUUGUCUAAGUGGGCUUGCUAGUGAUCUGAUACAGGUCUUAUGCCCAGAACAAGCAUGUUGGCUUUGUGGCCUAACCUUUGAUCAAACGCAGACCAUAGGUCGAGUCACGCCAUAUCCAAGAAGGAUCUUCUAUUUCGUCUUGCAAGAUGGGGGCAUAGAUAGACUGUCAAGAUUGUUUUCUUUAUUUAAAUGUAUUGACAUUAUGACAUGCUGCAAGAGUUAAAAGAGACG